AUGCGCCGGGGGCUAGGCGGGACCAGAGGGGUCCGCGGAGCAGGCCGGCUAGGCGCGCUCCCGGACGAGGUCCUCCAGCACGUGCUCUCGUUCCUGCCGUCGCGCGAGGCCGUGCACACCAGCCUGCUCGCCCGCCGCUGGCGCCACCAGUGGAAGUCCGCGCCGGCCCUGCGGAUCACCGGCGCCGACUCCUUCAAGAGCGCCCGUGAACUCAACGACUUCGUCAACUACCUCAUCGCCCUCCGUGGCCGGCCGCCCCUCCACGCGUGCGAGUUCGAGGCCUGCGAGGUGUACGACUACGAGGACUAUGAUGAGGGCUCCCAAGACGACGACGGCGAGCGGUCACGGUACACCGAUCUGUGGAUCCGGUACGCCUUGUCAUGCCACGCUCGGCUGCUUCGGAUCAGGGACCAUGACCCUAACAACGUUGAUCCCAAAAACGAGGCUCCGCUGAAUGUUCUGCUUGAGACUCCCAUCUCCUCCCCGCAUCUCACGACGUUGGAUCUCGAUGGUGUGAUCUUCUCGAGCAAAUACUCUCUGGAUUUCUCGAGUUGCCCGAACCUGGAGACCGUAAAGAUGCACCGUUGCUCCUUCUCAAUCAUAUGCUGCGACGGUCCCAUCAAGGUAUCUUCGCAAUCUGUGAAGUAUCUUAGCAUCACGGACUAUAAUUUUCCUCGUUAUGACAAGAAGGGAGCUCUCAUAUCUGUCCCAAACCUCGUCUACUUAGAGCUGGGUAGCGGCCGUGGCAAGGUUCCUACGUUUGAGUGCACGCCGUCGUUGCUAGCAGCAUCUAUCAAGCUUGAUGAUAAGGAUGGUUCCUUCCUCCUUGAGCGCUUGUCAGCUACCAUUAAUCUAGAGCUCAUGAUCGAGCCUCAAGCGCACCUUGGCCAGUCUGCUGCUUUCAGGAAAGAACUAAUACGGUGCACCACAUUUAGCAAGCUCAAAACUUUGUCACUAGAUGAUUGGUGUGUGGAGCCUGAUUACAGCCCACUACUUUACUUUCUCCGGCGGUCACCAAGUCUCGAGAACCUCCACCUCCGACUAUCUAAGGUAUAUAUAUUUCCUAUGAUUUAUACAUUUUCUCCCGUUGAACUUGUAAUUUAAUUGUUGAUGAUUGUGGUAACCUAUACAGAAAUAUAAACAUGCCGAAGAAACAGACGGAAGCUACGCUCCAAUAGAACCGUUUUUGGCAUCAAAGAAUCUUAGGGUUGUCAAGAUCAAAUGUCUGGCCCAAGAUGAGCGUGUUCCCAAAAUUGUGAAGGUCCUGAGUUCAUGUGGAGUAACUGCUGAGCUAAUCAGCAUCAACAAAAGAAUUUGGUCUUCCGACAGUAAGUCAAACAAUAAUUCUUCCGAGAUUUUGAAGUUUAUGCAUUCAAAUGCCAUGUGUGUUUAAAAUUUUGCAACAAAUAUUUUUCAAAUUAAUUGCACAACUAAUGUGUAAAUAAUAAGCAUCAAAGGAAAAAAAAAUCUUGUGCCGACAAUAAUUCUGUUAAUUAGUAGUCUUGGUGAAUUUUAGUUUUGAAUUCCCAUAUAUGUUUAUAUGAAAUUUACCAAUGUGCAUUUGUCAAGUUAAUUGAACAACCAAAUACGCCAAACAAAAGCCAACUUACCCUUGCCUUCAUGUUGCUACGAAAUAAUAACUUUCUUCUUUCUUCGCACCAUUUAAAUCAAGUGGUAUGCGAGUCUGAUUAAUUGCACAUUCUUUUUAUAUUUGUACAGGAUCAU